UGCUGCAGGCGGCAAGCAGCGGUUGUACUGACACCUGCAGCAGGUGUUGAUGCCAACAGGAUGUCCUGCUCCUGCUGCUGCUGUGUGACUCCCAGUGGGGAGCUGCUGGAGGGGAUCAGGAAGAAGGAGCGGCUGGUGAGAGAGGAAGAGGAGGAGGAGGAGGAGGAAGAGGAGGAGGAGAGCAGGAGGAACAUGGAGCUGUCUCUGCUCAGGGAGCAGUACAGGAGCAGCAGAGAGAGCCAGAGGAGACACACUCAGGUGCUUCUGUACAGGACAGUCUCGGAGGAACUGUCGGACACCGUCAGCAUCAUCCCCGUCUCUCAGGGUUUGACGUCGCCGUGGAAACCGAGCAGCAGCUCGCCACAGGCCACAACCUUCAACCCUAACCUUGCAACCUACGACCCCUGGCACGUCCACCUGAGCCUCCACCGACGCUGCUGUCCCGGGCGCCCGGUGCCGCUCACAGCUUCAUCCCCAGAAACAACAAACAGCAACAGAUCCUUGGGAUGUUCUUCGUCGUCCACUGAAGACCUGGACUCAGCCAGCAGCUCCAGAGAAACGUCCCCCUGCAGCUCCUUCAGCCCCAAAGACCACUUCAGGUCCAGAGGAGGCCCAGAUACUGGAUCCUCUGACCGGUCCAGAGGAGGCCCAGAUACUGGAUCCUCUGACCGGUCCAGAGGAGGCCGCGAUACUGGAUCCUGUGACAGGUCCAGAGGAGGCCCAGAUACUGGAUCCUCUGACCGGUUCAGAGGAGGCCCAGAUACUGGAUCCUGUGACAGGUCCAGAGGAGGCCCAGAUACUGGAUCCUCUGACCGGUUCAGAGGAGACCCAGAUACUGGAUCCUGUGACCGGUCCAGAGGAGGCCCCAGUGGUUCUCUGGAGGGUUCAGCCUCCCGCACCAGCUCUGAUGAAAGCUCCACCCCCGUCGCCUCCAUCACCUGCUCCCCCAGCGGCUCCACCAGCAGCCUGAACCAGCCUGCAGGUGGGUGUAACGGCGUCCUGCAGAGCGGUGGCACCUCCUCGCCGUGGGGGGGCGGGAGCAGGAAGUUCUCGGCCCCGGUCCUCAGGUUCACCAGGCAGCUGAGCGUAGGCGGGCUGGGCUCCUCCGCGGGGGUCCACCAGAGCCAGAACUACCACCCGUUCCCCAACAGGAAGACCCCGAGGAUCUCUGAGGCUGCCAAGAGGCUGGGGAUGUACUCGUCCUUCUGACUGUAUUAGUGAACCUGCGACUCUGUACGGGAGCCACAAAGUGUUCAAAUUAAAUAAACAAAUAAACGUAA